UGUGUUUCUGUCACCUGUGAAGCCGGCUUCGAUCUUACCCUAGGUCUAGGUUUUUCCCUGACUCGGAAACUUAAUUAUUAUUUCUACAGUUUAUUUAUAUUAUAUUAUAUUAUUUUAUAUACAAUAGAACCAUCACAUUUUACUCAUCGUGAAUCAUUCAAAACAUUAAAUUAAAUUAAGGUUGCAAGAUAAACCUUAACCUAUGGAUCAACAGAUUCACUUGUAGAAUAACAACAUGGCCGAACAACGGGAUCUACCUUCUGAUUCUGACGAAAGUGAUGUUGAUUUUAAACCUGAAGACGAGGAAAGUGUAUCAGAAGAAGAUUCGGAUGGAUGUGUUGAAGAAGCACCCCUAGAACAAGAAGAAGAUGAUGCAAAAAUCCCUGGAAAAAGAAAAAAAAGACAAACAAAGCGGAGGAAAAAAAUAAAGAAAAAGAAAGCUGAUGAAACUGUAGACGAACCUGAAGAAAGCGAAGAAGUGAAAAAACUCUCUGCAGAAGAAGAGAAGAAGAAGGCCGAUUCCCUCUGGAAUGAUUUCAUGAAAGACUGCAGUCCACCAGUUCGUAAGCCAGAGGCUCCGACAAAUUCAAAAGUCGAAGUGAAGGAGACAAAACCAGUUCCUACCCAACCUCCUGUGAUAGAAAAAGAAAACAAAGCUUUAGUUGUUACUGAAAUUUUUGAAUUUGCUGGAGAAAAAGUAACAGUGAAGAAGGAGCUGCCUGCUCAGGGCUCGGGCCGAGGCAGGGGCCGUGGAAUGGUGAGAGGGGGUAUGAGAGGAGGAGUAACACAGGGUCGCCCAAGUGGUUUGGCAGCCAUUGUUGGACAGCUGGGUAAAAAGAACAAACUGAGCACAUUGGAGAAGUCCAAACUGGACUGGGACAGGUUCAAAAAGGACGAAGGCAUUGAGGCUGAGAUUCAAACACACAAUAAGGGAAAAGAAGGGUACUUAGAAAGACAAGACUUUUUGCAACGGACAGACCUUAGACAGUUUGAAAUAGAAAAGCAACUCCGAACCACCAGCCGCAGCAACAGAUGAACAAUUUUAAUGUUAAAUGUAUAAAUAAACUUAUCCUACUCAUUCUCGCUUAUUGUA